CUCGAUAGCCACGCUAAGCGAAACCUAAAUCUACUCCGGUACAGCUUCGCGGUGUCAAUUUGUCACGUUUCUCCCGCACCGCUCGAGGGUAUAAAAACUUUGAUCGGGGAUAGAAAAGAAACUUCAUCACCUGUCCCAGAUGACCGAGGCCUUGCGCGACCGCUGCCAAAGAUCGAAAAAUCAUUAUCUUCUCCGGAGCAUCGCGAUCAAAGAUCUUCGCUAAAUAUCCGGCUGAGCGACCGAUUGAAAUGUGGUGAUAAUUGAUAAGUCGUUGAGCGAAGUGUCUCCUGCGCUCUAACGUGGAAGAAAGAGGAAGGGAACCACGAACGAUCGGCGGGGGGUUCGAAAAGGUAUGAAGCUUUGAGAGAAACCGCGCACCAUUCGUAGAGGAUCGAUCGAUCGCCGUAUCGAAAUCGAACAAAAUCUGCAGAGCUGCGGUGCGGGUGACCGAGCGCCGUCCGAUCGAAUAUUAUACCUAUAACAGUGAUGGUGAGGAUUAUAAAUGUGCGGUAGCUCUUGUGUCGGGAUUAGCACACCGCUCGGAAAAGAAUCCGCUUUUGUCCAGAUCCUGGGAAUUCAUAAAUCGAAAUGAAGAGUGCGAUCGGUGGAUUUUUCAUCGCCCUACUCUGGAGCGAAGCUUCGAGCUACGGCCACCUACUCGAGGAAGAAAAGGAACCGACAUUUCUAACAGCUGGUGUUGGCGAUUACGUUGUUUUUAACUGCGACCUAGACUUUCCCCACGACAUCCCCAUUCCGUACAUUCUACGCUGGAAUCACGAGGGGGAGUUGGUGUAUUCUUGGUACGACGGCGUGAUCACCGGGGCGGACGAGUACGCUGGGAGAAUUCAUUUGAUCGGCGACGCCGGUGGCCGAGCGUACGGACAAGGGAGUAUCAAUUUGACAAAUAUUCGGGAGACCGAUCAAGGAUGGUAUGAGUGCAGAGUUAUAUUUCCAAAUAGGACACCGAGCUCGAGGAACAACGGGACUUGGGUGCAUCUCACGAUCGAUGGUGUGCCCACGCGGCCACCGAUUGUUACAGGCGAAAAUCUCCUGGCAAUUCCACCCAUUAAUCAAACAACGAUGGAAGGAGAUACUGCAAAUUUUGUCUGCGUCACCAAAGACACAAGUUCCGUCGUAUCGUGGUUGCGCGAGGGCGUCUCCGUCACGGAAGUCGAAGAUCUUCGUAACAGAGCAACGAUACGCAGCGAUGGGACUUUAACGAUAACGUCAACGGCCAUGGGUGACCUCGGAGAAUAUACAUGUGUCGUUGCGAACGCGAAUUCCGAGAGGCAAAGCGCUUCCGCUUUUUUGAACGUGCAAUAUAAAGCUAAGGUGAUAUACGCACCGCGAGAAGUUUACCUGCCCUACGGGAGACCGGGUCUCUUAGACUGUCACUUCAGAGCGAACCCACCCUUGACCAACUUGCGAUGGGACAAAGACGGGUUUCUGUUCGACCCGUACAACGUACAAGGUGUCUUUUACAGAAGAAAUGGGUCUCUUUAUUUCAGUAAAGUCGACGAAACGCAUUCCGGUAGCUACACGUGUACACCCUUCAAUAGCCUUGGAACUGAGGGGCCAAGCCCUUCGAUCAACGUGGUCGUGCAAAGGCCACCGGUGUUCACGGUGACUCCGCAGCACUUGUAUAUGAGGAAGUUAGGCGAGAGUCUCGAAAUUCCAUGUGACGCUAAAGACGGGGAUCAAAUGCAUCGGCCGACAAUCGUAUGGUUCAAGGACGGAACCCCGCUCCCGCUCGAUCGGACGAGUGUGAACGGGGGUAAUUUGACGAUCGAGAGGAUCCAGGAGGACGAUCGGGGCCUCUAUCAAUGCGCUGUGAGCAACGAGGCGGCUACGGUGGUUGCGGACGCUGAAUUGAUGGUCCUGAAUGUUGCGCCGAGGGCGCCCUACAAUUUAAGCGCGAACAGUAGUAGCAAUACGGUAACUUUGAGAUGGGUUCCCGGAUUCGUCAGACCCAAGAUGGAGUAUUCCGUUUGGUACAGACCAACCGAUACAUCCGAAUGGCGAACGAUGAAAAUAUUAUCACGGAAAACUACCGAAGCAACUAUCAACAAUCUGGGACCUGGAAGAGAAUACGAAUUCAUGGUUUUAAGCCAGGACAAACACGGAGAUGGAAUGUUCAGUAAAGCCCUUCGGAUAUUCACGAAACCGAGUCUCAUCGAUCAGAAUUCAGCAUCAGAGUUCAGAAGUCCGAAAGAAUCCGCAGAGUACAUGAGCGCACCUCGUAAUUUACGCGUGCAGCCGACGGUAGAAGGAUAUUUGGUAACGUGGGAGCCUCCGGAUAACGGACGAGAACAAGUGAGAAUAUACACGGUACGAUGGUUCCGAGGGCCACUGGAACACCUUUACGGGAAGGCUGAAACAACCGACACAUACUAUUUGGUGAAAACACUGGAGGAGGAAAGUUACUACACGUUUGAAGUAAUGGCGAUGUCAUUGUCCGACGACUUCGCAACGAGUGAACGUUUCGCCUUAGAAGUACCGGCGUACCGGAGAAACCGAGCGAUUUCCAUGGGAAUCGUCGCUGGAAUCGGUUUUCUUGCCGCGGCAUUGGCAGCAGUUUGGUGGGCACGGAAGAGAUUCUGCAGAGGACUAUCGAACGAGAAAUAACAACGAGAUAAAAAUUUUCGGAGGUUUUUUCAAUUAUCUUCGCUUGUUUAUUAUAUUCGCGAUAUACGAGUAUGUACUCUGGUUUCAAAAAGAAGAAAAGAACGAAUCUGAAAAAAUAUACGAAACGAAUAGAGCGGUACGAUAAUUGGAGCGGUGAAUGAGAGAAGCCUAGAAUAUUAUACAGCAGAUUUAGAGGGAGGAGAAUAGUCAUUCUUUGCAAAUACUGCAUUCGCGAAAUGUCGUCGACUGUUUCGAAACGGUGAUUCAGCUAUUGCAGGUAGAUUUCAAUGUGUUUUACUUAUGGUUUGGAGCGAAUAAGGAGUUUAGGGGAAUUCAAUGUAUAAUCGUUAGAAGUAGAUUCAUGAUUUCGAAUUAUUGCGUUUUCAUUUUAUUAUUAUGAUACAAUGGUGAACAUUAUUCAAUGUAGUUCUAAAUUGUUACACCGUAUCGUAGCCGUAUAUGAAUUUAAGUUGUCAACUAUUUUCAACAGUUGGCUGGAAAUAUUAGCUAGUAAAAGUUCUGUCGAUGUUAAAAUCGCAAUUACUAUUAAGCAGUGUAGUGUAGACGAGUAGCUGAUGACGAACAUUUUCGAGUGACACGCGUCGUUUUUGACGUCAUAUUUUGCAUGAGUAGUAGAUUAGAUAUAAUUUUAUAAUCUUGAUCGAUUUUCACAGUAGCAGCCCAAAGUCCACGAAGAGAAGAUAUCGUGUUAAAAUCGUACGAGAGUUUAUUUUACAGAUUUCUCGAUUUUAUCGAUUAUCAAGUAUCUAUAAUACAUUGUAUUGUUAGGAGAGCUUGUUUUAUCGUUCGGUUGAGAUUACCGAGUAACGGAAUUGUUACAAGUGUAAGAAUUAUAAAUUAUCGUCGGCUGCAUUAUCGAUCCAAUAAUAACGUCAAUGAUAUCGCGACAAUGUACCGCAAUGUCGGAAUGAAAUUUUUCUCUUCCCAUUGCGCUAUCAUUGACGUCAUGAACCCUGUUGUAUUUCCCAACGUAUUUACGAUGCAUAAAUUAUUACUGUAAAACUUUCA